CCCGUCUUCUCGAUCAAUGAAUCUUACUGCAUGCUCUUCAUGUCAAUCUGUGGUGUUCGCUGCGCACAUGCGUAUAGUGUCUUCACGAGGUCAGAUAUGCCCAGACGCCCAGACCCAGCCAAUUCUGGGCUCGAUCUGUAUGAUAAGAGAGAGCUGUGUCUUUGACCUAAGUUGAAUACGUUCGACGCCCACUAUGAAUGCAUUCUCAAAGUACCCUCUAUGGUGCUCGUUCUUAUUUUCUUCCGUCACUGCUCAGGUAGCCAACAUCACCCUCUUCCCAGUGACUACGAGUUUCGAAAGCGACAACACAGCGUUCAUCUACUCCCGUUCGCCACUUCUCCUCGCAAAUGAUGGAAGCGCCGCUGAUGGCGGAUUUCGACUCUUCUCCACCUUCAAUACGACCCUGUUUGAGCAGAAAACGCACAAAACAACGGGACGAUCAAAGAUUGCUGUUCCUGUCUACGGUGUGGCCGGUCGCGAUGUGAUUGUUAAUAUCCCGGCGCCGGACUCUGUGUUCAGAGUGUUCGAUGCGCAUAGCCUGAGACAGAUCGACAGCGGCGAAAAGAACCAACUCGGUGACUGGAGUACAGCAUGCGUUUGGCGCAGCCAGAACAGCGGAGAGAACCACCUGUUUCUUUUUGGAAAGAGAAUGGUGGUGCAGUUCCUGAUAAGGGGCAAAGCAGAAGAGGUUGAGAUUCUUGAAGCGUCCGAUUCAACUAUCACCCCUGAGAUCACGAUGGUGAGGGAAGACGUCGAGGUCGCUGGAUUGGCGACCUACUACAGCAGUUCCGGCGACUAUCUUCUCAUCGCACAUGACGAAAGUAUCGAUGUCUACGACGAGAAGAUUCAACAGAAAGGAACUAUUGCCUUGAAUGGCAUCGCCGAGCUUUCCAUCGAGGGAGGACUUUCCGUUCUUCAGUCAGCACUUCCGGAUUAUCCUUUGGGUGUCAUUGCUAUUGCUUUCGAAGGAGAAGACAUCACCGGUGUUGCAGUUGGCUCACUAGAAGGGGUACUUGAAGCUUUUAACAUCAAGUCCAACACCGAGUUCAAUCCACGCGACAAGCCCUGCCGUCACUGCAAAAGUGAUAUCUCUAAGAAGUGUUCCAACCAUGGAUACAUUGACAGUCAUCAAAAUUGUUCCUGCUUUGUAGGCUUCACCGGCCGCAAUUGCUCCCGGGCGAUUUGCGAGAACUCCUGCUCUGGACAUGGCAAAUGCACUGGUCCAAAACAGUGUAAAUGUUCCAACGGAUGGACUGGUCCUGAUUGCUCGUUUGUCGCCGCGCAGGCCAAAUAUGAGACAGAAGCCAAUGGCGGUGACGGCGACGAUCCUGCCAUCUGGAUACAUGCUACGAACCCAGGCCAAAGCAAGAUCAUCACUACAACAAAGUCUGAACAGGGGCAAGGGUUCGGUGUUUUUGAUCUCGAAGGCCGGCUGUUGCAGCAUAUCUCUGCUGAUGAACCUAACAAUGUCGACAUAAUCUAUAAACUUCCUGCCGGUAAUCACACCAUCGAUCUCGCAUAUGCUGCGUGCCGCGGCGACAACACGUUGUGUCUUGUCGAAGUGACUAGCACAGGCUCUCUCCAAACCAUUGCCGGCGGAACUCAGCUCCUGCCGGAGAACUACGAGCCGUACGGUUCAUGUACCUACCGAUCUCCCAAAACACACAAACAAUUUCUCUUCGUCAACAACAAAGAGGCGAAAUACCUGCAAUUUGAACUGACUUCCGCCGCAAACGGCACGCUUCAAACAACUCUUGUGCGAGAGUUCACUGGAGGUUCAGGUGGCCAGGUAGAAGGCUGCGUCGCCGACGAAGCAUCAGGCUACAUCUUCCUAGGCGAAGAACCUUCUGGUAUCUGGCGCUAUGAAGCCGAGCCUGACAGCUCGAACGAGGGUGUACAGAUCGCCAAAGUCGGUGAAAACGGGCUGCACGCAGAUGUUGAGGGCUUGACACUCAUACCAAACAGAAACGGGACAGGUGGGUACAUCUUCGUUUCCAGUCAAGGUAUCAGUGCUUACCUUGUGUAUCAACGCGCGCCGCCGCAUGAGUAUGUCAUGACGUUUUCUAUUGUGGAGAACAAGAAGGAGAGCAUAGAUCAUGUGAGCAAUACGGAUGGUAUCGCUGCGGUUGGGCAUUAUUUGAACGCCGAUUUUCCAUGUGGGCUGUUUGUGACACAUGAUGAUGCGAACGAAUUGGUCGAGGGCGGGACGGGUGAUCAGGCAAGUUUUAAAUUGGUUAGUUUGGUUGAUGUAAUUGGGGAAGAGAGGUGUCGAACACUGGGAUAUUGA